AUGACCCUUGGAACCACCCCCACCCGAUCCACCUCGAAUUCGGACGCCAUCACCGACCUCGAGGAACAACAACCAUCACUCUGUCUAGAGUGGCUACUGAGCUGGUCUCAGUACCUAGACACUCACCAAUCAGAUGGGGACUCGGAUUCCGACAACCUUACUCAGACUACCAGUGCAUCCUCUACCACCAGCCUUCAAGGAGAUCCCCCAGCGAGCACAGCUCCGAGUCAAGAGACUACUGCUUCGUCAGCUGUCGGCUCGAAUGAGCCUGAGAUACCCGUCCCUGACCCGCGGGGCGGCGACCUCGUCAUCUACGGACCCGACCAAAACCUCUACGACGACCCCACAACGGCAGCGCGAGACCUCGUCUCCAAAAUACGCUCCUUAAAUCCAGCCAUGGUCCUUCUCGCCUGGAAGCUGAAAGACAUUAAGUGUGACACAGUUUCAAAGACAAGCUCCCGCAAGGCGUGCUGUUAUGCCAUCCAGUUCACCUCUUCUCAGACUGCGCGAGAGUUCGUCUUGGCAAUGAAUGGGCUUGAAAAGACUUCCGACUCGGAAGGCAAACUGGCUUACAUCCCCUACGAUGUGAGGAUUGAAAGGGAUGGAAGCGUCCACUAUAUGAUCCCUGUGACCGACUGA